AUGGGAGAUAGUCAGUACUCGUUUUCUCUCACUACGUUCAGCCCAUCAGGGAAGCUGGUUCAGAUAGAGCAUGCUCUAACAGCUGUUGGAUCAGGCCAAACUUCUUUGGGAAUCAAAGCUUCAAACGGAGUUGUCAUUGCAACGGAAAAGAAACUUCCUUCUAUUCUGGUUGAUGAAGCUUCUGUUCAAAAGAUUCAGCAUCUGACUCCCAACAUUGGAGUUGUCUACAGUGGUAUGGGUCCUGAUUUCCGAGUUCUUGUGCGAAAGAGUAGGAAGCAGGCUGAGCAAUACAACCGAUUGUACAAAGAACCCAUCCCUGUUACUCAACUUGUAAGGGAAACUGCAACGGUGAUGCAAGAGUUUACUCAAUCAGGUGGUGUUAGGCCGUUUGGAGUUUCUCUACUAGUGGCUGGGUAUGAUGACAAAGGUCCACAGCUCUAUCAGGUGGAUCCUUCUGGUUCUUAUUUCUCAUGGAAAGCUUCUGCCAUGGGAAAGAAUGUUUCGAACGCUAAGACGUUUCUUGAGAAGAGGUACACAGAAGAUAUGGAACUUGAUGAUGCCAUUCACACUGCGAUAUUAACAUUGAAGGAAGGUUUCGAGGGAGAAAUCUCGAGCAAAAACAUUGAGAUUGGCAAGAUUGGUGCUGACAAAAUUUUCAGGGUACUAACACCUGCAGAAAUCGACGAUUACUUGGCUGAAGUAGAGUAA